GAUCCAUGAAGACAUUUCAAAACCGUUUCAAGUCAUUCAUCCAAAAAGUUGUUGAAAUUCCAAAUCACUUUCUUUUCUCACCCAAAACAAAAAAACCACUUCUAAUCCUUGACCGAUUCUAUUUCAACACCAACAAUGUCUGUGGUCACCACCUAUUUCUUCUAGAUAUCAAAACAAAACAUCUCAAAGAGCUUCAUAUUCCAAGAGUCACAAACUCUGACAUGGGCUAUAAGAUCAUAGCUUCAUGCAAUGGCUUACUUUGCAUUGCUCAUUAUUCCUUAGACCAAUACUCAACCCUUUUCCUUUGGAACCCAACCACAAAACAAACCAAAAGAAUCAUUGAACAACAAACACAACCUUUGCUUUUGCCACCAAAUUGUCUUAUAGGCUUUUAUGAAAGUGAUGGUUUUUAUAUAGUAAGGUUUCACUCUUUUGAAAACACAAAGACUAGUUAUGCUAUUCGCGGCGAAAAGUACUCGUUGAGUAAAGGGGUGUGGAGAGAAAUAAAGGGUUGUGAUCAAAAUUUGAUUUUGAAGGGAGAUUUAUUUUGGACUGAGAACACUGUGACAGUGAAAGAAACUUUGUUUUGGGUUGCUAUGGAGGUGAAUGAAAAGGUUAGUCACGAAAUGAUUAUCGCUUUUAAUUCAUUCAACAAUGUUGUUAGCAAUCUUGAAAUGCCGUGUAAUUCACGUAAGGAUUGUGUCGAAGUUUAUAAGAAACUUGCAGUGUAUAGUUAUAAAGGUUCUUCUUCUGUUGCUUUGAUGACUUGUUCAGAAAGUAAGAAUAUGGAACAAUGGUUAGAUUUAUGGGUUUUGUGUGAUGAAUAUGAAGAUAUUGAGUGUUGGAUUAAGGUGCAAACUAUAGGUAUGUUUUCGAGAUUAGAGCGUCCCGUUGGAGUUUGGAAAAAUCAAGUUCUUAUGGCUACAAAUAGUUUGAUUCAUAGUGUUGGUGGAGUUGUUGCUUUUCUUCCAGAAGAUGAUAUUGGUGCUGAGUUUUCUUAUAUCAGUUUGAAUUAUGAAGAGAGGUUCUAUCCUUUAAAUGAUGUGGUGGAAAUUCUCGAUACAAAUGAGAUAUCCUGAAUUUGAAUCCGUGAUAUGGUGUUUAUGUUAACUUUUGUCACUUUAACAAUAUUGGUCUUCUGCCUUAGGGACAUUUCUAUGUUUUACGAUGUAGUUUAGGUCGUUUUAAA